AUGGGCUCAAUGACGCCCAACCCAAUGGGCCAAAAGUUGACAUUGAAAAUGUCUGUGCAGAACUCGGACCCGCCCUCGCGAGAUGAUGCACGUCGAUCCGGCGUCACGGUCGAUAACGAAGCGCUGAAACGCCAACAGGACCUUGUCCGAGCGGGAUCUGCUAGUCAAGAGCUCGACGCGCACCGAAUGUCCCCUCGGACGAGACUCCGAAGAGGCUUUGCAAUGACCUCUCUGUUGACGAUGCGAUUAGAUCAGACACCGUACCAACAGCCCCCCGGCAUGGAUUCUCAUUUGCGACGGCCUGGACAAGGUUCGUUUUUGGUCACCCAAUGCGGUGUUGAUGCAGCUACUAACCGUGUCCUAGACGCCAGCUCUGCUCUGAUCCAGAAUAUUCAGAUACUCACCCAUCCGACGCUCGCCUUGCCGCAAGACUUUUGCUUGGAUAUCCCUCCGUCGGCCACGGUUGCCCAGCAGUCGAUCACGAUCAACCUGCCCUCGUCACACAACCUGUUGACGGUGCGGCCUACCUUAGCAUCCAGUACACCACAGCGACAGAUCAAGUUGGCCACUCUCAUGGGCAUGCAGCGGCUGAAUCCGACAUCUGGGGAGGCUACCACUCUGAAUUAUGAUAUACAGCUGCCGCCGGGCAUGAGCAAGGUCGACGUGGAAGCCAUUGCAGGACCGGCACGAGGCGUGCCCAAGACUGGGGGGUCGGAGAUCGACUAUGAGCGAGUCAGCAUCUUCUUCAAUGUUUUGCGGUGA